UCUCUUCUGACAGAUAAUUUCGACAAGACAGGUGUUCGUGUUUUUGUCCUGCGAUAACGGUGAAAAUAAAAUAAUUUCGUCCAAUUUUCAAAGCAAAUAUGAAAUCCUAAUUAUUCGACAAUAACACCCGUGUAGAUUCAAAAUGUUCGUCGAGGACCUAAAGAACGAUUUCUACAACGUACUUUUAGGGAACAGGGUGUUGUUGUUGGUUCACUACGACGUCGACGCGAUAUGUACGUGCAAGAUACUCCAGGGUCUGUUCAAAUGCGACAAUAUUUCGUAUACUUUAGUGCCCGUGGGGGGUAUCGCGGAGUUGAAGCAAGCUUACGAGGAGAAUAAUGAGGAGAUAAAGUACGUGUGCCUGGUGAACUGUGGGGGCACCAUAGACUUGGUGGAUAUCCUGCAGCCGGAGGAGGACGUCGUGUUCUUUGUGCUGGAUUGUCACAAACCUACAGACGUGUGCAAUGUUUACAGUGAUGGACAGGUGAGACUAGUAUACAAAGAUGAGGAGGAGAAGAUCCCGAACUUUGAUGACAUCUUCAGGGACGAUGAGGAUGAGGAGGAGGAGGAGUCCUCGCGCGGGCGGGACGGCCUGGAGGCGCGCGCGGAGCGCCGCCGCGCGCGCCGCGGCUGGGAGGAGCGCCGCGACACGCUCAUGUUCAACUACACGCAGUUCUCCUACUACGGCAAACCUAGUGCGCUGGUAGCCCUAGAUCUAUCAUGGCUGGUAUCCCGCCUAGGACCUAGGGAAGCCUGGGCUGGAGCAGUAGCGAGUGCGGCGCACGAGGCAUGGGGAGCCCGAGGGGCGGCCGCCUGUCUACUAGACGCAGCUUUACUCACCCGAGCGAGAAGCCACAGCAGUGAUAAUUCAGUGGAGCUAGUUUUAGAGAAAGAUGCCCCUCUGCCUCUAUACCGCUGGUGGUCCCUAGAGAGCGCGCUGAAGCACUCGCCCAGUAUCGGGCCGUUUCUCAAACUACACUCCCUCGCCGGGGUCUCCAGAUUGCGGCAACUGUUAGCUGAUAUGGGAUUCCCGUUACAACAAGCACGACAAGCAUACCGCUCCAUGGAUGUAGAGCUACGACGAGGGCUGCUCGAAGCCCUGGAGACCGCCGGCGGCCGCCUAGGGCUCCGCGAUGUGUCCCGGACCGCGUAUAUACUCAGACGCGCGCACGCGCCGCCUCUGUCGGCGCUGGACGCCGUAUACGCUACUGCCGCGCUGCUCGAACACGAAACCAUACCCCGCUCCGAAGGGUUCCAGCUCGCACUAUCCGCCUUAGACCUAGAGAGCCAAAACGAAAGUCUGCGCCUAGGCAUACAGUCCGCACAACAAUCACUAGAAGCUGUGGCUAGACUUGUCAACGCUACAUUAUCAGCCAGGGCCUUACAUUUGGCUGGACCCUUUACAUACUUCAUCGUUCACGAGGGCACUCCGGAGGCGGCGUGGGUGUCGGGGCCCACCUGGCUCGGGGUGGCGGCGCGCUGGGCGGCCGACGCGGCGGGCGCGCGCGCGCUGGUGGCCAGCGCGCCGCUGGACGCGCAGCGCUGCAUCAUGCUGGGCGUACCGCCCCGGAGGCAGGAACCCGCUAACUUAUUCGGCGCCGCCUUCUCCCAAGCCGCCGCCAAGAGCGGCGUGUCGGUAUCCCUGGACCACGUGGACUCGUCCGUCGUGACGCUGCCCACGGCACAACGGGCGCAGUUCCUGGACGCUCUCACUGCGCUCCUCGCCGAUACCUGAACCAAACUAAUAAUUAGAA